AAGGGGAAAAGGACAUAUGAUCACAGUAAGCGUGUGUAUCAUGGUGCAAGGUAUUCCUCUCCACAAGUCUUGUUUACUAGUUCUUCAGUUGACAAGUUGUGCUUAAUCUCUAAGUUUUGCACAACCAGCCUAAAACUGUCAUUCCGCAUGGAUCAAAUACCUUCUUCUCCUCUCAAUUCUUCUUCUACUGAAUGGCGUUAUGAUGUUUUCUUGAGUUUUAGAGGAGAAGAUACCCGCACAGGAUUUACAGACCAUCUCUACGCGGCUUUAGUUGACAAAGGAAUCCGUACCUUUAGAGACAGUGAAGAACUUCGACGUGGAGAAGAGAUUGAAGGAGAACUUCUGAAAGCUAUCCAUGAAUCAAGAAUUUUCAUCAUUAUUUUCUCAGAAGACUAUGCUAACUCCAAGUGGUGUUUAAAAGAACUCGCGGAGAUCAGUAAGUGCAAAGCAAAGGGACGAAAAGUUUUUCCAGUUUUCUACCAUGUAGAUCCAAGCGAAGUGCGAAAUCAGUCUGGAUAUUAUGGAGAAGCAUUCGCAGCUUAUGAAAACGAUGCGAACCAAGACAGUGAGCGAAUACAAGUAUGGAGGACUGCCUUGAAGGAAGCAGGCCAUAUAAUUGGAUAUCAUAUAGAUAAAGAGCCCGAGGCAGAUGUUGUUAAGACCAUUACUAGAGAUAUGAUAUGUGAGAUAAUAGGUAAAGACUGUGUUGAGGAUGGCCUAGUUGAUAAAAAAUCCCGUUUGAAAAAAUUAAAAGAGUUGAUUUGGAAAUCAGAAGAUGUUAGCAUGGAUGGGAUUAGGAGGAAAUCAAGAGAUGUUCUCAUGGUUGGGAUCUUUGGAAGCGCUGGAAUAGGGAAGACAACUAUUGCCCGAGCUUUGUAUGAUGAAAUUUCUUGUCAAUUUGAUGGUGCUAGUUUUCUUGCAAAUAUUCGAGAGGUAUCCAAAAAGGAUGGCCUAUGUUGCUUACAAGAACGACUUUUUUGUGAUAUCCUAUUAGGAGGUCGAAAAGUAAUGCUUCUUAGAAGGGACAAUUUGAUGGAGAGCAAAUUUUGUACUAAAAAAGUUCUUAUUGUUCUUGAUGAUGUAAAUGAUAAGAAACAAUUGGAAUUAUUAGCCGGAAGACAUGAUUGGUUUGGUAAAGGAAGUAGAAUCAUUAUAACGUGUAGAAAUGAACAUUUGUUAUUACGACAUAAAGUGGAUGAGUCUUAUGAGUUUAAGAAAUUAGAUGGUCUUGAAGCUCUAGCACUCUUGUGUCACCACGCCCUUACCGAAGAACAAUCUCCAUUUAAGCGUUUUCUCUUUUUAGAUAAUAUAAGGGCUCGUUGUGAAAAUAAUCCUUUAAAGCUUAAAGUUGCGGGUUCUUAUCUACGUGGCAAGGAAGAUGCGAAUUGGGAAAUUUAUGUAAAUAGUAAGUUUUUGAAAGUGAGUUAUGAGGACCUACUUGAGGAAGAAAAGGAUAUAUUCCUUGAUGUUGCAUGCUUCUUUCAAGGGGAGUGUGAAGAUUUUGUUACAAAAAUACUAGAGAAACCUGAUUUCUCUGCUAAACAAGGAGUGCAAGUUCUAAGCAAUAGGUGCCUCUUAACAAUUUCGGAAGGAAAGUUAUGGAUGGAUAAUUCAAUACAAGAAAUGGCCUGGAAAAUUGCUAACAAACAGGCACAGAUACCAGGCAAACCUUGCCGCUUGUGGGAUCAUAAUAAAAUCCUACACGUACUGAAGAGAAACGAGGGGAUACAUGCAUUAAUUGAAGGCAUAUCCUUAGAGCUAUCCAAAUCAAAAGACAAAAAAUUUUCUGGUGAAGCCUUUUCCGAAAUGGAUGCACUCAGAUUGCUAAAGGUCUUCUUGGGUUCUGGAUGUGUUAAUGACAAAGAGACUUAUAAAGUGCAUUUUUCUACAGACUUUACGUUUCCUUCAUAUGAUAAGUUAAGGUAUCUCCAUGGGCAUGGAUACCAAUUAGAUUCUUUUCCUUCAAACUUUGAGGCAGAGGAGCUUCUUGAACUCAACAUGCCAUGUAGCAGCCUAAAACAAAUUAAAGGGGAUGAGAUUCAUUUUCCAAAUUUAAUUGCCCUUGAUCUUAGUCACUCUCAACAAUUGGAAACCAUCUCAAACUUCUCAAGGAUGCCAAAUUUGGAGAGACUGGUUCUUGAAGGUUGUAGAAGUUUGGUUAAGGUUGACCCAUCUAUUGUAAAUCUGAAAAAGCUUUCUUUGAUGAAUUUGAAAGGCUGCAAAAGGCUUAAGAGUCUUCCAAAGAGAAUUUGUAAAUUCAAAUUUCUUGAAACUCUUAUUCUCACGGGUUGUUCGAGACUUGAGAAAUUGCUAGGUGACAGGGAGGAACGGCAAAAUUCAGUAAACCUGAAGGCAAGUCGAACUUAUAGAAGAGUCAUCAUUCUACCUCCGGCGCUAAGAAUUCUUCACUUGGGGCAUUGCAAGAGGUUUCAAGAAAUUCUAAAGCUUCCUUCAAGUAUUCAAGAAGUAGAUGCAUACAACUGCAUUUCUAUGGGAACUUUAUCGUGGAACACCAGACUAGAAGCAUCCAUUUUACAGAGGAUCAAGAUUAAUCCGGAAUCUGCAUUUUCUAUCGUUCUUCCUGGGAAUACAAUUCCAGACUGUUGGGUCACCCAUAAGGUGACGGGAUCUUCAGUGACUAUGAAGCUGAAAAAUCCUGAUCGGUACAACGAUGACCUCUUGGGAUUUGCCGUGUGCCUUGUUUUUGCACCACAGGCUGAAAGGCCUCAGCUAAAUCCUGAAAUAUUGUGUGAAUUGAAGAAUUUCACAUUUUUCUACAGUUGUGGCGAGGACAGUGUAGAUGAAUUUCCAGAGUCAGAUCAAGAAUGGGGCAACAACAGUACAGAGCACGUGUGGUUGGCAUACCGACCACAUGCUCGAGCUGAUAGAUGUCAUCCUAAAGAAUGGAAUCAUAUUAAGGCUUCAUUUGAAGUCUUUGACUGUGUGGUGAAAAAGUGUGCUAUUCGCCUUAUAUACAAGUAGUGUUUGGGUAAGAAACCCAGUGAAAAUGGAAUUUAUGGCUCAUACUCCGUUGAUAACUCCAUUAUUCAUGAUAUUUCAUCCAGCUUCCAAAACUUUUGGAUUGUUUGA